AUGGCGCAUGUUCGAUCUAAUCAGUCGGGCUCAUCCUUCGGGUCUUCGUCAUCGCAGGAUGAUGUGAAAGAAAAAUCUAGCAAGAAGAAAAGCUCAUUUUUCAGCUCCAUCAAAAACAGAUGGCAGAAAUUGGGCUUGGACAGGCCCACCGUCCUCCUGAUGAUGAAGGGCGGUCUUCCACCUACCAUAGCUCUGUCAAUCUGCCAAUCUAAAGUUGUUGCCCACGAGUUUACGACCCUGGGCUAUCUCGUGCCCGUGGUUUCUAUUAUGGGAUUUGCCAUUAUGCCGCGCGCAAAAUUUAUCCAGAUGAUGAUUUUCGACAUUUUGGCUGUUGGCAUAGCAGCAUGUUUCGCUCUGUUGACAAUGUUCUCCAGUGUCAGGGCGCGCGAACACACUGCAACUGACCCUACUGAGAAAUAUAAUUCCUCCGCGUCUGCUGUCAGUGCUUUGUGGCUGUUCUUUCAGAUCUGGAUGGUUCAUACCUUCCGUGCCAAAUACCCACAGCUGCAAUUCCCCGUGAUUAUUUAUGCAAUCUUCGCGAAUGUCUCUUCGGUGUACGCCCCCCAAAUGCAAAACAUGGGUGCUGCGUUCAACAUGGUGAAGAAGCUAGUUGCAGCAUUCUUUACUGGUCUCGCAGUUUCAACAGCGACUUCGCUAUUCAUUUUGCCAAUUACAUCACGACAGGUCGUCUUCAAACAAAUGGCAGCCUACAUUGGCGGACUUCGGUCAGCCUUGGAAGCUCACGCUAAAUAUUAUCAAUCGUUGGAGAAAGAUGAUAUGUUUGGCCGCACAGAGACCCAUGAUGAGGGCCGUGAAAAGUUCGGCAAGAAGGGAAGAAAGAUUUACAGUUCCCAGGCAGAAGCUAUUCGCGCUGCAGUCCGGAACAUCACAGAUAUCCACGCCAAACUCCAUGGUGACCUCACGUUUGCGAAGCGGGAGGUUGCAUUAGGAACUUUGGGACCCGAUGAUAUUCAGACGAUUUUUCGUCAUCUUCGCCAGGUUAUGAUCCCGGUGGUGGGGUUGGGCUUUGUGGUGGAUAUCUUUGAGCGAAUGUCAGACUAUAAUAGGUGGAACCGACCCAUUGAUUUGAAUGAGCCUGUGGUUCCAGAGGAUAUCCGACAGCGUGUUGUCCGCGAGUGGAAUGAUAUCAUGAGGGCGGUACACGAUCCAUUCGCGAUGAUGAUUCAAACUAUUGAUGAGGCAUUAUUACAUACGUCCUAUGUUUUCAGGCUCGCGAAACCCCCCAGUCGAAAAGCCACAGCAAAACAUUCAGGCGACGAUUCACCAGAUGGAAGAAAUGAUGUGGAGGCCGCAGCAGAGAACACUGCGCCUGGAGAAAAGGCAUUCGUGGAGCAUUAUGAAAAGAAACUUGGAGAAUUUCGAAUUGCAAAACGUCUCGCUUUGCAAACGUGGGCUGAUGAGAAAGGCAUCACGCUCCCGCCCGACUUUUUCGAUCAUCCAGCUAAUUCCGAAAUGUUGAACGGCGAUAUUUUGGACACUUCGGCUACAGCAACAGAGCGAAGCCGAAGACAACUGUAUCUAUUCCUCUAUAUGGAGCAAUUGCUCCACUCCACUGGUCAUACCGUACUCAACUUUGUCCGUUAUGCCGAUCAUGUUCAGGCCAAAGGGAAGCUGUCGAAGACUCGGCUCAUCAUUCCCGGUAGUAAGCGAUUGUGGAAGUGGGCUAAGUCCUUUUUGACUGCGGUGGAUACCGAUGAUGAUAAUAUGGGUGACAUUCAUACACAAAACAACAUCCUUCAACUUGGCGAGGCAUACAAGCUUCGCAAGGACCCCGAACAUCUACCUCCAGUCACUCGCUUUGAGAAGAUUGGGGACAGGAUUCGGGCGUUCCCCUGGUUCCUGCGCUCAUUUGAGUCAACCUACGGCUUUCGUGUCGCCUGUGCCACUAUGAGUGUUGCGAUAAUCGGGUUCCUUCAUGAGACUCAGGUCUUCUUCACUGCACAAAGAUUAGUGUGGGCCAUGAUCAUGAUCAACAUGAGCAUGUCUCCUACGUCAGGGCAAAGCAUCUUCAGUUUCGUGUUACGAAUAUUUGGUACAUUCAUUGCAGUGGUGGCAUGCUUUCUGAUAUGGUAUAUUCCAGGCCAAAGGACACCGGGCAUUAUUGUUUUCCAGUUCAUAUUUGUUUCCAUUGCCUCCUACAUCCCCAUCAAGAUGUUCCGCUUCCGAGCUGUCGGAAUCAUCGGUCUCGUCACUACAAGCAUGAUCAUCGGUUAUGAGCUUCAAGUUCGCCGAGUGGGCCAGCAAAUCGCGACCUCGAACGGACAGGUCUACUACCCCAUUUACCUCUUGGCGCCGUAUCGGCUGGCUGUUGUGGCGGGUGGUAUUGCUGUUGCAUUUAUCUGGACAUUUUUCCCAUAUCCAAUCUCUGAGCACUCAGUCCUGCGUCAAAGUCUAGGUGCAUCGUUGUAUCUUCUGGCAAACUACUACUCGAUCAUCCACGAGACGAUCUCCGGUCGCAUACGAGGCGACGAAGGCCAGUACCUACUCAAAAGGACCUCUGCAGGUCGCAAACUUGAAAAAUCGCGACACAAAGUCUUCUCAAAGCAGAUGCUUAUGCUAGCUGGCUUACGGACAUACUCUGGGUUCCUUCGGUGGGAGGUUCCAAUUGGCGGUAGGUUCCCGAAGAAGAAGUAUGAUUCGAUCAUCAUCUGUGUAGAAAACAUUGUGAACUAUCUCAGUUUGCUAGGCUACGCGUCAGAUACCCUCAUGUAUCUUAACGACGAUGAAGAUGAGUCUUCCACUAACUGGAUGAUCGAUUUUCGACGGUUGAUCAAUACUGCCAAAGUGACGACACAUGAGGUCACGUCUUUGCUUUGCCUUCUUUCUGCUAGCAUUACGAAUCGACAACCUCUGCCGCCGUAUCUCAAAGCACCUCGUCCAUACAGCUUCACCAAGCGCCUGCAGGCUCUUGACGGUGAUAUCUUGAGCCUCCGGCACAUGGCCGAACCGGGAUUUGCGACAUUUGCAGUUUUGCAGAUCUCGACCCGCUGCAUUGUCGGUGAUAUGGACAGAUUACUCCGGCUUGUCAAAGACUUGGUUGGUGAAUUGGACUUCUCUUUCCACGCUGUCAGCACAAAAGAGUCGAUGGCCGAAUCUCGAAUGACCUCUCGAGCAGGAUCAAGAACGGAUUUGAGCGAGUAUGGAUCGAGACCUAGUGAUCGGAACAAGAACGAUUAA